GGUAUGAAGCGAAAACCAAGCCUGCGAAUGGUUAUGGUGGCGCUAGCCGUCUCUCUUAGCGGCUCAUUCCACUUCGGGUACCAACUAGUUAUCACAAAUCCGUCGCAGGCUGCGUUUAUUCAGUUUCUAAAUACCACGCUUGGGAAAACGCUGACUGACAAUUCCGCUACAGCAUUAGACAAUGUCUGGAGUUUCGUUGUCGCUAUUAUAUUUCUGGGAGCUUUGGCUGGAUCGUUUUCCAUCCGUUUGGUAGCUGAUAAAGUUGGGAGGAAAGCCGGACUCUAUGUUCCCAUUUUCGUUGCUUUGCUUUCUGCGUCAAUGUCUGCCAUCUCAAAAUUCGUAAGUUUACAGCUGAGACGUUAG